GCGAUACUUACUUGCAUUUUCUUUCUUUGAUAGCGUUGAUGCAAAGAAGCAGGGUUGAGGUAUUGGGCGGGGCAGUCGUUGGUAUGAGCCGUGAUUUGAAACGUUCUUAAAAAAAUCCAGUUGUUGGUUGUGCGCAACUGUAAACCACGACGGCUGGUGCUGCUCUGUUCUUUAUAACUUUCGUCUUAUGUAGUGGGUUGACAUCUCGCACAAGUCAAUCCGAGUGGUUAUCUAAGUUGGGAAAGCACCUUACAGAGAAAGCGGUUUAAUUUGUACAGGCCGCUUAUGGAGCUUCUUUACGAAAAAGUGCACGGGUUCAACUAGCCGUGCGGCAAGCCGUGCGGUCGAAAAAAAAAAAAAAAGAAAACCUGGAUGACGCCGUUCAUAAAGAAAUAAUUCAGUUCGCAGACAAGUACUUUAUAUCGACUUAUUUUAUUGCUUUGUUUGCAGCUUUAAGAUAGGGCACUCAACACGUUUGAUCAGCGUUGGUUAUGUGAUGAGCCAGAUUGUCGUCGUAAGAAGUUCACGGGGCAGUGAUAACAUAAAAGUCUAUUUCGUUAUGCCAAAGCAACAAAAGCAUAACUAUUGAGUUAAGAUGCAGAUUCAAUAAGUUAAUUCAUUCGGUCCCUCAAGCAUGGUGUAUGCCUGGCAAAUAGAACUGCAUGUAUCUUCAAACUAUAUUGAUCUUCAGAGUUGUUUUUAAAAAGUGUUUAUGGUAACCGUUUGCCAAUAAUUAAAGCAGAUGGCAAAUCGGGCUAGACCAUUACGUCAGUUUUUACACCUCUGACUUUUUGUUGGAAACGUGCCCAAAUUUCUCAUGUCUAAAACUGCGGCAGCAGAAUUACACAACAUCCAAGCUUUUGUAGUCUUCAAAUACCUUUUUUGAAGGAAAGUACGAGAAAUAUUUGUCAGAUUGAACAAAUGAAUUGAACAAAUGAUAGUUUCAAAUGAAUUGAUUCUUUUUACUAAUAAAGAAUAUACUGAUUUCACUACAUUCAGAGUGCAUUCACAAGGCCUGCUGGUGCCAUGAUGACAGUAGUUCUCCACUUUCCCGCUGUACUUGCGCCCAACGCAACACUCAGAACAAUGCCCCUGUGUAUUGUUUAGUGAAAUUUAAGGGAAUGUUGGGGAGUACGUCUCUACAUCCACGUUUCUAUUGUAAAAUGUUUUUAUUCUUGCCUCCCUACAUUUUGAUCUCAAGUGGGUUUGUCCUGGUACAAACACAUACACCUUACCAUAGGUGCCCUUUAGCUCACUAAGGAGCAUGCUUUGUGGUAGUGGCAGGGUAGUGAAACUUGCUGUGAAAUUGGUCUAUUACUCAGCCAUCUGUGACCAUGCAGGGAGCAAGACUUGAAAUGUGAUGUUGCCACAUGCGCUCUAAAUUGCUAUCUUGUGUACCCUGAUGAAAGCCUAUAAAUGGUGCUGAAGCAUCUGAGAAGACGCCAUUCAGCCUGUUUUAAAAAACUGACAUUUAUCAUCUUUAUUUUGAUUUACUGUGAGGUCAUUAUAUACUAUGUCGUCAUUGGGCAAUGCUCUUGGCCUCACUUGAAACAGACAAAUGUGGACAGCUUUGCUCAGGAUGGAAUGGAACCCUUGAAAAUGAUGCUACUUUCUGACACUCACCUUUUGGGCCCUAAGCGUGGCCAUUGGUUAGACAAGUUGCGCAGGGAAUGGCAGAUGCAUCGCACAUUUCAGACUGCUUUGACACUGCACCGUCCUGAUGUGGUGGCUUUUUUAGGGGAUGUCUUUGACGAAGGUCAGUGGAGCAAUGAUGAAGAGUUUAAGGUGUACAUGAAGCGCUUCUGGGAUCUUUUUUAUGUGCCUUCUCAUGUGAAAGUUCUUGUUACUGUUGGGAACCAUGAUGUUGGUUUCCAUUACAGGAUGCAUGAAUAUUUCGUAGAUCGUUUUGAAGAAAACUUUAACACUUCAGCGGUGCAGUUGACUGCAAUAAGGGGCAACUUAUUUGUCACUGUCAACAGCAUGGCAUUGUAUGGUGACAGCUGCAACUUCUGUGCCCGUGCUAGAAUGGAGCUGAGGAGAAUAAGGCAUAAGCUGCGGUGUUCUGAAAGAAAGGUUAUGCAGGAGAAGAGCUGCCGAAAGGAAGACAUGCUAGAGACAAAUGGCCGGCCUGUUGUACUUAUGCACUUUCCUUUGUAUAGGAAGUCGGACAGUGCUUGCUCAGAACCAGACGCUGCAUCUGCAGCAGAAAAAGAAGAAUUGUUUCGUGAAAACUGGGAGUGCCUAUCACAAGAGGCAACAUCACUGCUCCUGGAUAGCCUAAAUCCCCGUGCUGUUUUUACUGGUCACACCCAUCAUGGCUGUUUGACAAUUCACCGAAAGACCAUACCUGAAUGGACACUGCCAUCAAUAAGCUGGAGGAACAAGCGAAACCCCAGCUUUGCUCUUGCACUUUUUACACCAGAUGACAUGGCAGUAUCAAAAUGCUAUAUACCCAAGGAGACAACUGUGAUCUUUCUGUACAUUGCAGCAGCGGUUGCACUGGUUGUUUCAUCACUACGGAGUCAUAGAAGGAUCUGGUGAAAUAAAUUUUUUCUUUUUCAUUAAUAUAA